UGGGCUAAGCUCGUUUUUUUUAUCGGUAUAUUUACGGUCACAUUGACGAUCUAUAAAACAAUUGAAUAGUCAGAAUUUUCUUUCAAUUUGUGUAGCUAGGCAGCAAGGUGAUAAGAAUCGGGAAUUUGACUAAAUGAUGGUUCUCCGCCCCGCCAUGUCAGCGGAGUUAAGGCAAUCCGCGCGCGCGACAGAUCCCGGAUUUAGUGAUGCGAUAUGUGACCGCGAGGUCAUGGAUGAGGAUGAUCGCGAAGAAGGCGAAAUUGUUGAUGAUUACGAGGUGAUAAUAUCCUCAGAGGAUGAAGAGUUCAAGCUGCGAGCACGGAUCCAGCAAUUGGAGGAGAACAACAAGGAUGUGGAGCGGAUGGAUAUGCUGGCCGCAAAUUUGGCAAAUCAAUAUAAUUAUCCGGAGCUCGAAGAGCGAACUGUGCGGCUUCCACGAAAAUCUCCGGUCUAUCUGCUUUCCGAUGUGUCCAGCCAUUCGGAUAACGAUUACGAUUCCCAGCGCAAUUACCAAAGAUCGAGACUGAGACGCGUAGAUACUGGCAGGAGACUGCUAAAUGGCGACUACAAAAGGAGUACCUCAGCGCGGCGCUACAGGCCACAGCAUCUACGCAGUCGCCAGCUGACCCCAAGCUAUAUGAGCUAUCAGCAUCAGAAGCCGACCCAUCAUCAACAUUAUCAGCAGCAGGAUGCCUUAUUGCUGAACUCCUUCGACAGCUUGACAGACGACGAGAUACGCGAGUACGAUGUGACCUCCGGGAAUGAGGGAGAUGACGUCCUGGACCUGGAACGCCUGAAGCUCAGCAGGGACAAGCUGCGCGUGGCUUUGGCCAGAGAGGAGCGGAAUGAUAUCCUGGGACAGUACAAGAGCAGCCUCAGAGAGCGACUGCAGUAUCCCCUGCGCAAGUCGCCCAACAAGGAGCUGCUGUCGCCGCCAGUGCAGCAACUCCCCGAUGGUCUCUGUCUGGAAGAGGGGGCGGAGGCGAAUGCGCUACCGUCCGCUCCAUCUCCAGGCGGAGACCCCGCAGAGCUUAGUCUGCGUCUGAUAGCCCUCAAGUCUGCCAUAAUCAAGAAGCAUAUGGCGCGUAAGAAGCGCGAUGCGGAGCGAGCCUACUCACCCACCGACAUGAUUAAUCGCGUUCUUCCCACAGUCAGUAACACGGAUGAAAUAGACGACCUAAUGGAGAUAAGUCCGGCUGCCUCGCCAGAGCGCGAACCAAGUCCCUUCAGCUACCACACGGACGAUGCUGUUGACACGAAACCGGUGGACAUGGAUUUGGCCGAAACGGAUAGCGAUGAGCAGAAAGACACUUGGAAUGUGUGGACGAACAACUGGAACUCAUUGGACAGAGCCGGCGGUAGCUGGCGCUGCUUUAUGCCCAAUAGCUCGCUGCCGCCCGUUUCCAUGCCAAUUGUGAUAGACGAGGACGAUGAUCUGUAUGAUGACGAGGAGCCGCCACCACCGCCGCCAUUCCACAUUCAUCCCAUCCAUCUUGACGAGGAUGCCAGGGAUGCCAUGCAUCUGGUCGAUGAGCAAAAUUCCAAUCACAGCUCCCUAACGUAUACUCAAUCCGUUUCUAUGGAAAACACAGAGACGCAAACGAAGAGUUUGGACAAAUCGCAUCCGGAAACGAGCGACGAUGAAGCUGGAGCCUUGCGCGCCAUGCUCCUGUCUAAUCUGAAGACCGCUAAGGAGGCCGAACCUAGGCGUCAACCUCUUCUACCGACGCCAGUCCUGUCUUUUCCUCCAGAAUUAUUACCUCCCUUGCCUGUACCUGCCCCGACUCUGGCAGUGUCUACAUUAAAAUCGGAUUCGAUUGGUUCCAACGAUUCCGAUGAUCCCGAACAACUGCGCUCGCUGCUUCUGUCCAGCAUUGCCACCAAAAAGGGCAGUUGUUUCCCCACAAUCAAGUCCCGUCUCAGCCCAGAGAUACUCAAGAAUGCGGUACGCCGCUUCCAGUCCUGUGCUUUUGUGGCGCCCAGUAAAGAAGACAAACAGUCCCAGGAUGAUAGUCAGCCAAUUGGCCAGCCCCAGGAUGAUAGUCAACCAAUUGGCCAGCCCCAGGAUGAUAGUCAGCCCAUUGUACAGCUCCAGGAUGAUAAUCAGUCCUUUGAACAGACCCACGACGACAGUCAGCCAAUUGUACAGCCCCAGGAUGAUAUUUAUCCAAUUGAAGGUGCGGAUAAAAUCGAGCAGGAAGUGCCCUCGCAGCACCUCGUUGAGGCUGCUUCUAAGUCCCAAGAUUCAAACCAAUCCUCCAUCGGACCUCAGCCUGAAUCUAGCCGUGGAUCUAGCAAAGAUAUGAUGAUUCAGAAGUCCCCCUGCGCUAAAAUUAUAAAAAUUGUAAAACCCAACAAGGUGAUCAAUAAGAAGAGCACAACCAAACGUAAAAUUCCCACCGAGGAGCAAUCCUCCGCAAAGCUGAGCUGUAAGCGACCCUCGACACUGUUGGUCAAGGAGCCCCUUAACCAGUUGAAGGUCCAUGCCAGCUCCCCUGUCACGCGACUGGUCACCAAUAUCGAUCCGGCUAGCAUCAAGGUGAGCAAGCUGAUCAUCAGCCUGGCCGAUGACUCAGCGGGGAGCGAUGAUAACCUGGAGCUGAGCUCGUGCUUUGGUUACUCCAACUACACUGAAAAUGCCAGUCCGCUCAGCCUGGCCAUGGGCAGUCCCAGUGGCUCUACAACGAGAUCGAAUACUCCCAACUCGGAGAUACUAGAAUCGACUCCAGCAUCCACCUCCAAUCCCAACCUCAGGCGAUCGGUCAUGAGUGAAUACUUUGAGAAGAAGAUCGAUGAUUAUCUGAAGCAGGCGCGUUCCAAGGUCCCUACACCAGGCACAAAUGGCACCAAAGAGGCUAAGACAGACAAGGCCACGGAAAAUACAUGUGAAAAGGAGAGGUUGGUACAAACUCCGCCAAAUGUUGCCACUACAAAGACUCAACAACAGACAAAGAAAACUCCUCUGGCAGUGCGACAUUUGCCUGUGGCUUCGCAGAAGGAGUAUCUCCGCCUGAUCGAACGCAUGCAGUUGCUAGAGCAGAAGAAGCUGAAGACAGCCAAGAAAACAGAGACUGCAGACAAGGCAACAACAGCCGCAUUGGGGGAAGCUCCAACAACGAACGGCCCCAGCCAAGUGGCAGUUCAAAAGGCAGCCAUCCACAGCAGCAGCAGUAAAGCAUCAGGGGCAGGGACAGGGACAGGGGCAGGGGCAGGGAAUGAAACCCAGGUCAAAACCAUCGUGAAGCCAAUUCAACCGCCCAGGGAGUCCCGGUUGAAGUCGUUCGAAAACUCAUUUGCCAGAAUCGGGGGAAGCAUGAUAGCAAAUUUGGAAAAGUCCAUGCAACUGGUCGAGGAGGCUAAGAAGUCGAAGGCGGUGCGCAUGCGAGGCUCGCAUCGGCUGAAAGAGCUCUACAGCGAGAUGCAGGCCGUAAGGCAGGUCGUCGAGCAGGAGGAGCUGAAGCUGGCCCGCAUUCAGCCGGAGAUUCAGACCACCCACCAGAUCAUCUUAUCACUUAAACAAAAACGCAACAAGCUCUACGCAGCGGCCAUGGACCUGGGCAAAGGAUUAAGGGGCGACGACUACAGGUUGCUCGACGAGGGAAAGGCGGAAAUCAGCUACAAAUCAACGCAGCUAUCCAAGCAGAUCCGCCUCUACAACUCAAUAGUGAAAUACGACGAUCUUACGAAGUUGACGGAGGAGCAGCAACCUCUGCCGCAGCCACCAGCUGAAAACGAUAGCCAGCCGCCACUGACUGCGAUGGAGUCCGAGUCGGCAAGGGAAGAUGAGACGAGUCGAACUGCCUCUGAGGCAGCGAGGGAAUCGGAGGCGAAUGGAAUAUCGAGUGAUACUGCGAUAGUUGCACGCUCAGAGCCACCACCGCCAGAUAAAGCCACCGAGUCCGAGGCCCAACUGAUGCCAGAUAAUCAACCCCUGGACGAGCCAGACCCAGAGCCGGAACCAGAACCGGUAUCUAAACUUCGGCCAGGACCCUACACAGUGGGCACUAUGAGGGAGCUGCGCGAGGAGGAGGCUGCGUCGGUGAGGGACACGUACCUUCCGGCGUACCGAUCGAUCAUGCCGCGGAAUUACAGUAGCCCCUGCGAUGUCCAUGCCACCAUCUGUCCCUUCGAGCUGAUGGGACGCUGCGAGGAUGCGGACUGUUCCUACCUGCAUUUGGACCGUCUGGAGGCGACAACCCCAGCUUCAGACCCAGACCCAGCCCCAGUCCCUGCUCUGGGACCUUUAGCUGCCAAAAACCAAACUCUUUCAAACUAAC